GUGCUCAACGCUGUCCUUGAGAGAUGCAGUCGUGACCUUGGUUUUUGCGCUGACUCGUAGAUAAGGCUGAAAUAACGGCGCUGCACCACACACCAUUUAAAGACGCCUUUAAAAAUCUCAUAGACCUAUUUAUGAUUAAAUAAUACGCCUGAAUUCCAUGAAUGCCAUGCAAGUAUUUGUCCAAUGCCGACACGUUGCAGUGUUUGGCUUGCAGAAGCCCACAUGAUCAUCUUGAAAUUGCGAUAGCGAAUUCCAGUCAUGUCUGUAAGCUAAUAGGCUCGCAGUUUGGAUCACUGAACAAAAUUGGACGGGGAGAACUGCGUCGUCCCGUUAGGUGGAGAGAACCGCGCAGUCAGCGAGUAGACAUUACAGCUUGACUGAGAUUGUAUUCGCACGUUGUUGGUGAGAUGUCAGGUAGAUGUACAAGAAAUUUAGCUCCUCAAGGGACAAUUCAGUUGUUUUCCUAACGCUUCAUCUCAGAAGGUUCUCACAAUUUGCGCGUUGCCAGUUGGAAGGUUAUCCCUUUCACCAAAGAGAAGAGCAAUGUUGCACGACCGACACUAUUAGGAUAGAUCACUGCUGUUGCCGCAAUUAAGAAACAAAAACAGAAAAAAGAAGCGAGACGAUGUCCCUUUUCAUACAGUAAACAUGUGCCAUCGAGUCUGAGCUUCUCGGAGACACAAGGCUGGGAGAAGGAGGCUUGCUUUGGAGUCGUCUUGAAUCAGUGGAUGCUGCGCUAAAGAAUGGGCUACUCCGACCCGUCGGGUAGAGAUUUGCUCGGAAACAGAUCUCUUUGUUUUAUAUUUAUUUGUGCUUUUGGACUAGUUACUCUUUUACAACAGAUACUUUAUGGCAAAAACUACAUUAAAAGUGGGCAACAGUUUAGCCGACUCAAAGGAGACGAAACGACAAAUUGGACCGGGCCUGUUAAUUUCUCGGAUGAUGGAUCACUGAAGCCUGCCAGAAAUGGGAAGAAAAGAUGUUUCCGUCAGAAUUUUCAGCGUCAGACAGAGUCACAGAACUCUGUUAUUAUCACUCCCUGCCUAGCCGAUAUUCAGAAGAAAAAAAAACGCAAUCAAAGGUACCUUGAGAUGUAUGAUGGUCCAUAUGACUUCAACUCUACAACAUGCAAGGAAUUCAGACAAGAGAUCAUGGACGUGAAGGUCCUCACAAUGGUGAAGACAGCUGACCUGUUUGAUCGAUGGAGGAACCUGCAAGUCUGCAAGUGGGAUCAGAGCAAGCUGGAGACCAAUGCCUUCAAGAGCUCCCUGUCCCGCUGUUGCAAUGCCCCCUCCUUCCUCUUCACCACCAAGAGAAACACUCCCUCUGGGACCAAACUCAGAUACGAGGUGGACACCAGCGGGAUCCUGCACAUCAGCCCAGAGAUUUUCAAGAUGUUUCCAGAUGACAUGCCAUACACCAAGUCCCAGUUCAAGAAAUGUGCAGUGAUUGGCAAUGGAGGAAUCAUCAAGAACAGCAAAUGUGGGAAAGAAAUUGAUUCUGCAGACUUUGUGUUUAGAUGCAACAUACCUCCCAUUUCUGAUAAAUAUGCUGUGGAUGUUGGAUACAAGACAGAUAUUGUAACAAUUAACCCAAGUAUUAUCACUGAAAGGUUCCAGAAGCUGGAGAAGUGGAGGAAGCCCUUCUACGAGGUGCUGCAGAGGUACGAGAACUCCUCCGUGGUGCUGCCCGCCUUCUACAACACGCGCAACACCGACGUCUCCUUCCGCGUCAAGUACAUGCUGGACGACUUCGACUCGCAGAAGGGCGUGUACUUCUUCCACCCGCAGUACCUGCUCAACGUGCAGCGCUUCUGGUCGCUCCAGGGCGUCCGGGCCAAGAGGCUGAGCAGCGGCCUCAUGCUGGUGACGGCCGCCAUGGAGCUCUGCGAGGAGGUCCACCUCUACGGAUUCUGGGCCUUCCCCAUGAACCCCGCCGGCAUCUUCAUCACGCACCACUACUACGACAACGUCAAGCCCCGGCCGGGCUUCCACGCCAUGCCCCACGAGAUCUUCAACUUCCUGCACUUGCACAGCAGGGGGAUCCUCCAGGUUCACACCAGCCCCUGCAGGUGAUGGCCUCGGCCGAUUCCUCCUCUGCAGCGUGGGAGCUCAGCCAAGCUCUCCCUUUUUGCAGAAAUCCUGAGAUUAAAAAGACGCGUGGGUGUCUCCUCCAGACACAUUCUUCAACUGCAUACGCAAAACGACACUCUUCUGCUGUUCGCCUUUUAUUUAUUUCUUGACAGUCGCUUGCAUUCAUGCCAAAUAUGAGUUUUUCUACUCGAUGUGUUUAUUUAUCUCCAGUGUAAGAAGCAAGAAAGAGUA